GGGUAGUUGAAGUUGGCGCAUUGUUUCCAGGCUCUCUAGCUAAUCUCUCUCUCUCUCUCUCUCUCUCUCUCUCUAAGUUCUAACUUCUGACAGUACAUGAACCUCCAACCCGGAAAUCCUCUAUCCUCAAAACUCGAAAUCAAAACCUCAAAAACUUAGGACAAGAUCCUGAUGCUGGUGUAACUAAAAACCAGACACCCUCCUAACACCAAUGGCUUCUCUACCAUCGCCAGCCAUCCUUGUCUUCAUCUGCAUGCUCGCUCUGGUCCCGCUUGUUCACUCUGUUCCUUUCAUUGUCUUGCAUGGCAUUAGUGAUAAGUGCAGCAGUCGGGGGGUCGCAAAAUUCACAGAGCUUUUGAGCAACUGGUCGGGCUCUCAAGGAUAUUGCGUAGAAAUUGGAGAUGGAGGAUGGGAUUCCUGGACUAUGCCGCUAUUGGAACAGACUGCUAUUGCUUGUGAGAAGGUGAAGAAUAUUAGUGAACUAAGUGAGGGUUACAACAUAGUUGGACUUUCUCAGGGUACCUUGAUUGGUCGGGGGGUGGUUGAAUGGUGUGAUGGGGCCCCUCCUGUUAAGAAUUUCAUAUCGUUGGCUGGUCCUCAUGCCGGUAUUGCUUCAAUUCCAUUUUGUGGAUCUGAGUGGUUCUGCAUUCUCGUGGACACUUUAAUCGAGUUAGAGGUCUACAGUGACUUUGUCCAGGAACACUUGGCUCCCAGUGGUUAUAUUAAAAUUCCAACUGAUAUCAGUGCCUAUUUAAAAGGAUGUAAGUUUCUCCCAAAGCUUAACAAUGAGAUCAACACUACAAGAAAUUCCACCUAUAAGGAGCGAUUUUCAAGCUUAGAUAAUUUGGUACUUAUCAUGUUUGAGCAGGACACGGUUUUAGUACCCAAGGAAACCUCCUGGUUUGGAUAUUACCCAGAUGGAGCCUUUGACCCAAUUUUGCCAGCACAAGAGACUCUGCUCUAUACUGAAGACUGGAUUGGUUUGAAAAUCCUGGAUGAAGCUGGAAAAGUUAAAUUCAUAAACGUUUCAGGGGGUCAUUUGCAGAUUUCCCAAAGCGACAUGAAAGAGUAUAUAGUGCCUUACUUGGAAGAUCAAGCAUCAAUACAGAUGAUGAGAAGAGAAAUUUCAUCUUAUAAAUGGCUGUCAUCAAUGUGGAAUUCCCUGUUGGAACUGGUUGGGUUUACAGAGGAUCAACCAUUGCUGCGCACCAUGGUUUAAUUUGACUGCUGUCUUCCCACGUGUAUUUUAAUUUAUUUUUUUAUUUUAGGAUUAUCACCUGUGGACCCAUUUCAUGUCAAGACCCUGCAAAGCAAACAACCUCAAAUCUUAUUUUUCACAAUUCUUAUUAAUUAUCAGGUCGCUUAAAGUUAUAAUUUUAUCCAUUUCA